GGAGAGACACGAGAGACAGCUGAGGAAUAGAUGUGGGAGAAAGAAACACAGGCAGAGAGAGGAGAGCUCCCCACGUGCGAGAGAGAAGGCGGGGAGAAGGGCCAGGGAAGCGGGGCUGAGGCGAGCGUGCAGCUGGCGUCUGGCAGGGGCCGGGGCACUGGCGGGAAGCGGGUGGAGCUGCCGGGCUGCGUGACCUCACAGCCCCUGGCCCGCGUCUCCUGACGUCAGCGCCCCUCCGCCCCGCGGGUCUUCAAAUGACCCUCCUGCCGCUGUCGGGCCACAGACCGCAGAGCGCCGAGGAGCAGCAGCCGCCAGACGGCAGGAUGACACAGGACGUGCCCAAACCCACCCGCGCGGCGCGCCGCUGCUCCGGCCUGGCCCGCCGGGUGCUCACCGUCGCCUUCGCGCUGCUCAUCCUGUGCCUCAUUACCUGGGCCUACGCGGCCGGGGUGCCGCUGGCCUCCGAUCGCCACAGCCUCCUGGCCUUCGGCCUCUACGGCGCCUUCCUCUCGGCGCACCUGGUGGCGCAGAGCCUCUUCGCGUACCUGGAGCACCGGAGGGUGGCGGCGGCGGCGCGGCGCGCGGCCAAGCGGGGGCCCCCGGACGCGGCCUCGGCGCGCAGCGUGGCGCUGACCAUCUCCGCCUACCAGGAGGACCCCGCGUACCUGCGCCAGUGCCUGGCGUCGGCGCGCGCCCUGCUGUACCCGCGCGCGCGGCUGCGCGUGCUCAUGGUGGUGGACGGCAACCGCGCCGAGGACCUCUACAUGGUGGACAUGUUCCGCGAGGUCUUCGCCGACGAGGACCCCGCCACCUACGUGUGGGACGGCAACUACCACCAGCCCUGGGAGCCUGCGGCGGCGGGCGCGGCGGGCGCGGGGGCCUACCGGGAGGUGGAGGCCGAAGACCCCGGGCGCCUGGCGGUGGAGGCGCUGGUGAGGACGCGCAGGUGCGUGUGCGUGGCGCAGCGCUGGGGCGGCAAGCGCGAGGUCAUGUACACGGCCUUCAAGGCGCUGGGCGACUCGGUGGACUACGUGCAGGUCUGUGACUCAGACACAAGGCUGGACCCCAUGGCGCUGCUGGAGCUGGUGCGGGUGCUAGAUGAGGACCCCCGAGUCGGGGCGGUUGGGGGGGACGUUCGGAUCCUUAACCCUCUGGACUCCUGGGUCAGCUUCUUGAGCAGCCUGCGGUACUGGGUUGCCUUCAACGUGGAGCGAGCUUGUCAGAGCUACUUCCACUGCGUGUCCUGCAUCAGCGGCCCCCUGGGUCUAUACAGAAACAACCUCCUUCAGCAAUUCCUGGAGGCCUGGUACAACCAGAAGUUCCUGGGCACCCACUGCACUUUUGGGGAUGACCGGCACCUCACAAACCGCAUGCUCAGCAUGGGCUAUGCCACCAAGUACACCUCGCGCUCGCGCUGCUACUCGGAGACGCCGUCGUCCUUCCUGCGCUGGCUCAGCCAGCAGACGCGCUGGUCCAAGUCCUACUUCCGCGAGUGGCUGUACAACGCGCUGUGGUGGCACCGGCACCACGCGUGGAUGACCUACGAGGCGGUGGUGUCCGGGCUCUUCCCGUUCUUCGUGGCGGCCACCGUGCUGCGCCUGUUCUACGCGGGGCGCCCGUGGGCGCUGCUCUGGGUACUACUCUGCGUGCAGGGCGUGGCGCUGGCCAAGGCGGCCUUCGCGGCCUGGCUGCGCGGCUGCGGGCGCAUGGUGCUGCUCUCGCUGUACGCGCCGCUCUACAUGUGCGGCCUGCUGCCCGCCAAGUUCCUGGCGCUGCUCACCAUGAACCAGAGCGGCUGGGGCACCUCGGGCCGGCGCCAGCUGGCGGCCAACUACGUCCCGCUGCUGCCGCUGGCGCUCUGGGCCCUGCUGCUGCUCGGCGGCCUGGUGCGCAGCGUGGCCCAGGAGGCCCGGGCCGACUGGAGCAGCCCCGCGCGGGUCGCCGAGGGCCAGCACCUCGCCGUGGGCGCGGCCGCCUACGCCGGCUACUGGGCCGUGAUGCUGGCGCUGUACUGGGUGGGCGUGCGCAGGCUCUGCCGAAAGCGCGCCGGCGGCUACCGCGUGCAGGUGUGAGCUCCUGCCCGCCCGCCGGGAUGCCUGCUGGGGACGCCCCCCGGUCUCUGGUCCGCAGUUUACCUCCUCGGUGAAGACAGGGACGGACCCAAGGCGCUGCAGUCUGGACCACGGGGCUGGGACUUCUGGGCUGGGGUAUUUAUUGAUCGGGGUGUGGGUUUUAGGAUCCGGGGGGAAAGGGCCCCACUUCCGCCCUGUUCUUAUUUAAUGUCUACUUGUACUGUGAUUAGGAUGUAAUAAAGAAUUUUAUUUAUUUUCUUCUGA